AUAUCCGCGGCAGCGAGUCGCACGAGGUCCUCAGUAGAAGAUGAUAGAGGACCAGGUGCAUCAACAUCCGGUACGACUACCGCCCGACAAACACGCCCAUGUCGAUGUCACAGGAGUGAAAUUUGAAAAUGACCAAUCCAAAGAGCCUCUACUUUUCGAAAAGCAAAGUUUCCACAGGGUAACGUUGAUGGAUACUCGUAUGCGCGCAAUCACAGAAGUAUCGCAUGGAAACACGGUUACGGGUACAACUUUGGUCACGGAUGCGACCAUAAUUAUGGUGGGCACGGGUUUCGGUGUUGGAACGGGAACAGGACCAGGAACAGAAACGGGUACGGGCAUGGAUGCGAAUGCGAGCAUAGGUAACAAUAAAUUAAUGGAAGAAGACUGCGUGGAGAUACCCAUCUUUGAGGAAGGAACCACCGAUAGCGGUCGUCUUCCCGAUCUUGUCGCCGAGAGUAAAAUUUACGGUGUCAGCGAAGAUGAACCUCUCGAAUCGUACCUGGCAAUUACUAUUCAAGUUUUUAUACCGUUUCUUAUCGCCGGCCUUGGCAUGGUGGGAGCUGGAUUAGUUCUCGAUUUGGUGCAUCACUGGAUCGUAUUCAAGAAAGUGAAAGAGCUUAUAAUUCUGGUUCCUGCGUUGUUGGGCUUGAAAGGCAAUUUAGAAAUGACUCUUGCUUCGCGCCUUUCUACUCAAGCGAAUCUCGGGCAUAUGGACACGCCGAAACAGCAAUGGUACAUGAUUGUCGGAAACCUUGUUUUAAUUCAGUGCCAGGCAAUAGUGGUUGGAUUUCUGGGCUCCGUGGUAGCGAUUGUAAUGGGAUCGUUUCGAAACGGUACCCCUUCACUGGAUCACGCUUACCUGUUGUGCGCAAGCAGCCUGGUCACUGCGUCUUUGGCAUCCUUCGUUCUUGGACUGAUAACCGCCGGAGUGAUUGUCUUUUCGCGGCAUUGUCACAUCAAUCCGGACAACGUUGCAACACCGAUAGCCGCGAGUCUCGGCGACAUCACCUCGUUGGCUCUGCUCUCUUGGAUCUCGACGAUUCUCUACGAGUCGAUAAAUAAACAAGAUUGGCUCGCGCCCCUGGUGAUCGCUUGUUACGUUCUGGUUACACCGCUCUGGGUAUGGAUCGCCAAGAAAAACAAAUACACCAACGAUGUCCUGUAUUCCGGAUGGACUCCUGUUAUGAUUGCCAUGUUGAUAAGCAGUUGGGGUGGUCUGAUACUGGAAUUUAUGGUGCGGCGAUUCGCGAAUUUGACCGUUUUUCAACCGGUGAUCAAUGGCGUUGGUGGAAAUCUGGUGGCUGUCCAAGCAAGUCGAAUAUCAACAGCUCUUCAUAAACAAGCCGAAUUGGGAACUCUUCUGAUACCACCGGGUCACACGCAUCCCGUUAUCUUCGUCACCCCUAUCGCCAAUUUUUUCGGCAAAGGUAUACACGCGAGAACUACAAGGGUUCUAAUGGCGAUGGUCAUACCAGGACACAUCAUUUUCAUUUAUCUGAUUAAUUACAUGAAGGAUGGCAAUACCUCGCUUACGCCCCUCUUCGUAUUCGUUUAUUUAUGCGCCGCGAUGUUGCAAGUUGCCGCGCUUCUCUACAUCGCCUACAUAAUGAUACAUUGGAUGUGGAAACGAAAAAUCGAUCCGGACAAUUCAGCGAUCCCAUAUUUAACGGCGAUGGGGGACCUACUUGGCAUUAGUUUGCUAGCGAUCGCUUUCCAGUUUCUUUAUCUGGUUGGAGAUCAAGAUUCUGAUCGAACAAUCGCUCCGUGAAAAUCUUCUCGAGCUCUACAUCAGGUGAUGUUUAUCGACGCGACAACAACACCGAGAUCAACGCACCAUGGAAACGGCUUCCUUCUCUCUUUAUCUCCUUUCCUUUUCUCAC